CAUGACAGCGCGCGGUGCGCGCGCUAUCGCAAGCCCACACAACUCGAAAAGGGCAAGUCCGUGCACGUCAAGCCUACUGCACUUUUCUGUCUUGGUAAUGCUAAUGUUUAAAGCACUCGUGGACUAAAAUUGAAUUUGAGCAAGAUGGCCUUUCGGUUGAGGGUGCUAACAAGUGCCUUGUUGUCUGCAAGGCAAUGUCAGCUUAGGUUGGUGACUCCAUCAGCCAUGACGGGAAUCAUGAACAAUGCAGUUGCAGGGCAACGCAGGCACCUUUCAUCUGCAGAUUCUCCUCCCUAUGAAGAGUUCACUGUACAGAGUACCGAGGAUUUUAAUCAGAAAGUUAUUAACAGCAAAAUGCCAACAGUAGUCGACUUCUAUGCAACAUGGUGCAAACCGUGCAAAGCCUUAACCCCGAGACUCCACGAGGUCCUGUCGGAGCGGCCAGGGCGAGUCCAGCUGGCCAAAGUGGACGUUGACCAGCACACGGACCUGGCCAUGGACUAUGAUGUCAGCUCCAUCCCCAAGGUGGUGAUGUUCAAAGAGGGGAAGGUGGCCGGCGAGUUUGUGGGCCUGAUGGAGAAAGACAAGAUUGAGAGCUUCAUUGAUAGGCUCACAUUAUAGCACUCUUUUUUGGAGGGAUGAAAAUGGAUUCCAUUUGGGUACUUGGGAGAAGAGGUAUUUAAGGUCAUGCAUAAAAACUUGAGGGGAGGGCGUUUUGCCAUGUGCUUUCUGUCUUGGCCAAAUUCAGGGGCCAAUUUCAAAGAGAUAAGGCCGCACUCGAAUGUCUAGAGCUAACUCUGGGUUUUCACUCCAUUGGAAAUGUGCGGAGACGUGCUGACAGACCUAGCUGUAUCUAUGGAAGCCCAUUUGGGACACAGCUAAAGCUCAGAUAUAUAUAUUUAAAGGAAAGCCAUUUUGAUCAUGUUCCCAGACUCUUAUUCAUUGUAAUCUGGUCAGUGGGGUGAUGGCAGACUAUUAUUAGUUCCAUGACUCCCUCUUUUUUUUGUUACUGUUGCUUAAAGCAUUUAGACAUUAUUAAUCACAAAUUUUAAUGUUCAUCAGCAUAAAUAACAUUAUUCUGUAAUGAACUUUUAUUUUGUUCCUUUCACUUUUAUCCUCUGGUUCCCAAACUAAAAAAAAAUUUACCUCACUUUCCAUUCAACAUGGCCUACUUAUGAAGAAGGCCAAUAUUUGCAUAGCACUACAGAUGUUUGCUUAGCAAGAACAGGUCACCAGCCACAGAGUCGUGGCAUAAAUAUCGCUUGUGAUUGAUACUCUGCCGAUUUUUUUUUUGGGCUCAGCGUAAAUUGUAAAGCUGCUCUGUGAUUGUUUUCAACUGGGUCCUACGCACGGGUUGCACAGUGUACAUACGUGUGACUGCCCACCAACAAACUCUGCUCCAAAUCUCAGCACUUCUUUCUGCUCCGGUCCAAAGAACGGACAAGUUUGACUAGAUCUGCCUGCAUGGUUUCAUCAUAUUCCUUCUUCUGCCGCAAGAGGAGAACCACUCUCUGCUUGCAGUCAGUAGUACAAUGUAAUCUCUCCAUCUAAGAGGUUUUCCAUCCAUGGGUCUAUUUAAGAAAUAAUACAGGUUUCUUAGCCCCUCCCCCAACUGUAAUUUGAUUCUAAAGUUACUGUGUGUGCAUGUCUUAAUAAAUCAGUAAAUUAACUCUUUGCACAAGUUUUCUUUAAUAUGUUGGUGAUCAUUUCACUUUUGAGCACCUGUUCUUACAUUUGGCAGACUAGUUUAGUUAAGUAAGUCUUGUAGUGCUGAGUGCUGCAGUAGCAAGAACUAGCAAGAACCCUACCGUUUCUGGGAAAUUAUUAUGCAGGUGAAGGUGACCGAGUUUGAUGGUAACAUUUUUUUUUAUGACGUUUACCAUGAGAUCACAUUCUUUGCUUCUUCAGCUCGUUUUCGGCAAAGUAUAUUCAGCUAAUAGUGCGGUAAAAUAAUCAGAGUUGGCUUCACUUGACAAAUAUUCACAAGCAAAGUAUUAAGUGGGGAAUUUAUAGAGUGGAAUAAAGAGGAAUGAUAUGCUGAACCUUCUUUUUCUGGUCAGCUACAUAAUUUGAUUGAUGCUAAACAUAAAAACCUGAUGUUUUUCAUGCUUUUGUCAUGCCAAAUUCCAUUGAAGAGUUGGAAAUUGCCCGAAAAGAAAUAUUAAAAGGGAUGUGGGGAAGGUCUUAUUUGAGCAUUUCAUGAGUUUCAACCUGAAUGAUACAAAGGAAGGCUGAAUUUAUACUGACAUCAAUACAUGCAAAAAGUUUAUAAUGGUUAAGGUAGUAGCCCCCCCAAAUCAAGGGUGUUUCAAAUGUGUUUCAAGUGAAGUUUCUGGAAUCGUGUUACAUGAAUAAUUACGAUGACAAUAAAUGUUUCAACAAUAAUUGUGAAAGUAGAAACUGUAAAUUGCCAUUUUAAAAUUCUUUGUGUGGAUAGUAAACAGGCGAAUAAAGGAAUUUUAUUGAAUAGUA